GGACACUGGUGCCCAUUCUUCCACGUAUGACAGCAUUUUGCACCUCUGGUGCUUAUUUGAGGCAUCUAGUCUCCGCGACGGAUCUUCGUGUUGUGGUUUACCUGAACCAGACUGCAAGGGAAUUGCCUUGUUUCCCGACCAUUUAUUGGAUUACUAGGUUCUUGUGUUGAAGCGAGUCGAGACCGACAUAUACGAAACGCGCCGUUUCAGAUGAACUACUAUGAUUAUUUACUAAACCCUCGUUCUCCACCUCGUACAAAAAUACGUUCGCCUGCAAUUGUUGAAUCGGCGACUCAGUGAAAAUGGCACCAAAAAAGAAGAACGCAAACAAGAAGAACACCGGGAAUUCCGGUGGCGGCGACGACACGACUGCGGGAUCGCCCGCGGGCGAAGUUCCGGACUUGAGCAAUGUGGAGAACAUCGUGGUUGGGUUGAUCCAAUCCGUCGAGAAGGUACCGAACGGAACCCUGCUGAAGGUGCUGGUGGAGGUGCCAGAUCGGGAUGACGAGGUCUUCAUCAUUACCAACGCAAAGGUCGAAGAGGGCCAGAAGGUCGUCACAGCCAUCGCACCCGUGCCGCUGCCAAAUGGAGUGCAGGUAGCAGGAUGAAAUCCAUUUUUCUAUUGCACUCUUCUGUAUUCCGCGCACGUUCACGUUGUGCAAAAUUUUGUUUAUGCAGGGGAAGAAGGUUUCGCUGUGAAAAGCCGAUUACAGUACAUGCAGUACAUCAUACACAAAAAUAAAAUGCAGGUGGAAGUUGCGACCAUCGGGGGCUUUGACAGCGAGGGCAUGUUCUGCGGGCCCCGAGAGCUGCUGUGGCCAACGACCGCGUUCCGGGCGGACCUUCCCGUCACGCUGCCGCAAGCGGAAAUCGGCCCGGUGCCGAGCUACGAGGAGUGCCUGACACUGAAAAACAAACCCAAAGAGGAGAACGCGAAGAAGAAAAAGGGCAAGAAAGGCGCGGCCGGAGGCAACGACGAAGAAGAUGACUUCGAGGCGGCGUUGAAAGCAUUCGGGGUAGUGGAAGAGAGCAAAAGCUCCGGCUCCAAGGCAAAGAAGAAGGCCGCACCUCCUCCCGCGGCUAGUACAACACCGGAGAAGGCCAGUAGCAGCACAAAACCAGCAGCGGAGCAAGUACCCGCGGCUUCGGACGACGCGGAUGAGGACGGUGACGACGCAGCUGGCGACGAGGGCCUGACCGCGAAGCAGAUCGCGAACCGCAAGAAAAAGGAGGCGAAAAAGCGCAAGGAGCAGGAAGCGAAGCUCAAGGCGCAGCAGGAGGAGGAAAAUAAAAAGGAGGACGACAGCCCAGGCAAGGACGCGGGCGGUAAAAAGAAAAAGGGCGGCGCCGUCGGUAAGCUGCUCGCGGCGAAAUUGGCAGAGCAGCAGGCGUUGGAGGAAGAGCGACAGCAAAAGUUGAAGGAGCUGCAGAUACAAGAGGAGGCGGAGGAGAAACGACUCGAGGAGGAGGAAAAACAAAAAGCCGAAAAAGAAAGGAAAAAGAAGGAAGAAAAGGCCAAGAAGAUUGAAGAGCAGAAGCGGUUAGGCACGUACUUAACCGCCGCGCAGAAAAAGCAGCAGCAGGAGGCGCAGCGCGCGCGGGAAGCGCUCGGCCUGGACACGCACGUCGUGAGUAGCGCCCCGAAGGGCCCCGAGCUGAUCGAAGUGGCACUCACGCAGCCGCUGAAGGACUUUUUCAAGAAGAAGUUGCAGUUCAAGAAGAAGGAGUGGGUGGUAGAGGCCCCGCUCCCCGCGGAGAUCGAAGGUGCUGAUGUGAAAAAGGGGGACGCGCUGUUUAAGAUCAAGACCGACGAGGGCGCGAAGAUCACGGACAAAAAGUUCGGGCUCGGGAUGUACCCCGUGGACGGCAGCUGCAUCUUGGUCUUCAAGCGCGUACAGAAGGUGAACCAGCUGACGCUCUUCAACGAGGGGGCAAAGAAGAAAAAGGCAGCGGAGCAAAAGGAAGAUUUAGUCGUAGAAGACGUGGACGAGACCACGACCACGACCGGGAAAAACACGAAAAAUACGAGCAGCAGCCCCUCCUCCCCGUCGCGGUCACCGAAAAAGACGCCGCUCAAGGAAGAGGAACCGGCGCAGGAAGAGUCGGAAGACGACUGGGAAAAAGAGUUCGACGAAGAGGAAAAGAAGUCCAGUGAGGAGGUCGACAAGACGGACACGGCAGCCACCGCAGGAGACGCGAAAAAGAAAGCCGGUGACGGUAGUACAACUAAAAAAGACGAAAACGACGACACUGCAUCGGAGAAGGAUUCGGACUCCGAUGACGAUUCCGACUCGGAUAGCUCCUCGGAGGACGAGUAUCUCGGCCUGCGGUCGCCGAUCGUCUGUAUCAUGGGGCACGUCGAUACGGGAAAAACGAAACUGCUCGACAAGAUCCGCCGCACCAACGUGCAGGACGGCGAGGCGGGCGGCAUCACGCAGCAGAUUGGCGCGACGUUUUUCCCGGAGGCCUCGCUGCAGGAGCAGCUGGUCAAGGUGGACAAGGAGAUGGAGCUCGACCUUCCCGGUCUGCUCAUCAUCGACACACCGGGGCACGAAUCCUUCAACAACCUGCGAAAACGCGGAUCCUCCCUGGCCGACCUGGCGAUCCUGGUCGUGGACAUCAUGCACGGCCUCGAACCGCAAACACUCGAAUCCCUGGAAAUGUUGAAGCAGCGCAAGUACUCACUUUUCUGAAUAGAGUACACACGACACGAGCACGACACACGACACGCACUACCGAGUUGUAGCGUGGUGAAGUCCUUCUUGUUUCGGAUGAGUAUAAAAAUAUGUUAUCAGCAUGAUGCAACUGACUAUCAAUCUUUCCACAGGUGCAACUUUAUCAUUGCGUUGAACAAAGUGGAUCGCUGCUACGAUUGGGACAGCAAAUCUUAUGUGGCUUUCAAGGACAGCUUUGAAAAGCAGAAGGAGCACACAAAAUCCGAGUUUUGGGACAGGUACUUAAGUACUAUUGCCACGAAAUGUAGUAAAGCUACGAAAUUUUCUUUUUCUCUGUAGUCUUUACUUGCUGCCAACCUGAUAAAGAAUGGAUGUUGCAGCGCACGACAAGGCAUAUUGAACAGGCUUUUUUAUUCGACCGUAGUUCAUCUGUCAAAGUGUACUACUAUUAUCGGACACAACGCCCGAAUCGAAUGAAAUCGAGGGCGGCGCAAAGCUUCUUUUACUCUUCCAUCGCACAAACCUCCAGGUUCGGCAAAAUUCAAACGUCCCUCGCGGAGAAGGGGUUGAAUACCUACCUCUACUGGGAGAACCCGAACCUGAAGCAGAACGUUUCCGUGAUCCCCACCUCGGCGAUUACCGGCGAGGGCGUCCCGGAUCUGCUUUACAUGCUGAUCCGGUUGAGUCAGGAAGCGAUGUACCGGCGACUGGAAAUUAAAAAGGAGCUGGAGUGCACGAUCCUGGAGGUGAAAACCAUCGAGGGUCUGGGCACCACCAUGGACGUGGUGUUAGUUAACGGCGAACUGAACAAGGGUGACACCAUCGUCGUCCCAGGCAUGAACGGCGCGAUCGUCACACAGGUACAUCACUUUGGAUUUUUCAUAUCAGCCUCUCGACGUGCUGGUGAUGUGCAACUAACCUGAACAACAUCACCGAAGGCAUGCAGAUACUAGGAAAGAAAAAGAGGAGUAAACAGAAAAAAUACACAACUCCUCCUGCGUUUAUUUUGUCGUGACGCUGGGCUGGCACUGGCAGAUCGAAGAGCAGGAGGACCACAUGGAGUAUGAUUCGCUCAUCGGUUCCAAAAGCACAAUGUAAACCUCUCUUGCCAACGUCAACAGGUCCGCGCCUUGCUGACGCCGCAGCCUUUGCGCGAGAUGCGGGUGAAGGGGGACUACAUCAACCACCGCAAAGUGGACACCAGCAUGGGCAUCAAGAUUUGCGCCACCGGGUUGGAGCACGCCCUGGCCGGGGCCAGUUUGCGCGUGUGCAACGAUCCGGAGGAGCUGGAGGACGUGAGGGAGGAAGUCGAGGACGAGUUUGAGGAAAUGGUGAACGCGUUCGAGAAAGAAGAUUUGGGAGUGUACGUACAGGCAUCCACCCUAGGGUCGUUGGAGGCUUUAUUGGCAUUCCUGAAGUCGAUGAACAUCCCAGUGUUCCAGGCGAACAUCGGCGUCGUGCACAAAAAGGACGUAAAGAAGGCGGCCAUCAUGCGGGACAAGGGGAAACCGGAAUACGCUGUCAUUUUGGCGUUCGACGUGAAGGUACAGAAAUUGAUGAAAAUGAAUGAUUAUAGUUACGUAUCUAUGUGUUAGUUACGACAGCAUGAUCUCGAUGUUUCAUUCCACUGCAUUAGCCCUACGGCUGCACGAGCACGCCUGCUGGUGCAGCUCUGGGGUCCUCUACUACGUACUUGUUUUCUCUCCGAAUAGCUACUACUCAGAUGAAAGUGAAAUUCAAAUUCUAUUAUCUUCAAAAAACAAACCAUCCACCAGGUCGACGCAGACGCGCGAAAAGAGGCCGAUCGUAGCUCCACCGGCGUGACAAUUUUCACGGCGGACAUUAUUUACCACUUGUUUGACCAAUUUACCAAGUACAUGGACAACAUCCGUGAAUUAAAGAAGAAGGAGGUCACGGACGAAGCCGUCUUCCCGUGCGUGCUGAAAAUCAUCCCCCAGUACGUGUUCAACAAGAAGAACCCCAUCAUCGUUGGCGUGGACGUGGUGGAAGGCGUGGUCAAGGUCGGCACCCCGAUCUGCAUCCCGGAGCAGGAUGGACUGGAGAUCGGUCGCGUGAUCGGCGUGGAGAAGGAUAAAAAGGUCGUGGACAAGGGCGUCAAGGGCGAGUCGGUCUGCGUGAAGAUCCAGCCCACGGUGCUGCAGUCGCACAUCGUGCUCGGGAGGCAUUUUUCCGUCACCCAGGCGUUGUACUCGAAACUCACCAGGCAAAGCAUCGACUGCUUGAAAGAGCAUUACAAGGACGAAAUGAGCAUGGAUAACUGGAAGCUCGUCGUCACGCUCAAAAAAGUUUUCGGUAUCCAGUAGCGACGGAUAGAAGAAGUACUAGCGACGAGAAUGGCUUUCUGCAAUCAUGUGUAGUUUACGAGUCAAGAAUAAUGUAUCAGGACCAGGAGCGGCAUUGCGAUCGCGCAGCCGCUUGUCUACUGCGGCUGUACGCAGCUCCGAGCAGCACUAUCUAUUGCGACUUUUCAUUUCAUCACAUUUCAUUGCCAGGAGAAUAUUUUUACCAUGGCGAUUCCAAGCAAAAGCAACUUGUUUUUUCCCGAC